AUGAGUCCGCGAGAUACCUCAAUAACAAACCACCACUCACACCAUACCAUCGGACGAAAAAUCACCGUCUUAAAAUUGUUCAAAGAGCCUACAGUGCUUUCAAAAGCAAGUCACGUGGUGAUUGAGUAUUUAGCGGUUGACGUGCAAAUAUCAGAUCUGACCAGGGGAAGGAUGCGCGAAGAUAUUCAUUCCUUUAUCGAAGGUGAUGAACUUUGCACUAUCGUAACCGACGAAGACAGUGACAGUUCUGGAAGUAUACGCAACUACUUGGCAACUGUACGUGAAGUUUGUCGAAAAUUUCGAGUCACGGUUGACGCACCCGAAAAGAUUAAGCAUCCUCUACAUCGAUUUAAAGCUUGA